AUGGCAAAAUACACGCCUAAGUCUAGGAUGGGUCAUGAACUCGGGAGAAACCAAAUGAGUCAUUUCAAUGUUACUCCAGAUAAUUGCGUGAACAGAGAUAUUUUCUCUCUCAUCUCGUUACUGUCUCAUAUCUCUUCCUUCUCCCUUUCCCCUUCUCUCUCAGAACACACUCAAUCUGCUAUUUGUUCUCGCACAGCACACAACACACAACACACAACACAGGCACUCUCAGUUUGUUCUUCCUCUCCCCAUUCUCGUAGACAACUUUGCACACAGGCAGCCCAGUUUGCUCUUCCUCUCUCCAUUCUCGCAGACCACUUCGCACACCGGCAGCCGUCCAGGCACGCACAAACAGGAGCAUCGUGUUUGAAGUUCACCCACUCAGUUCUCCCUGCAGCCACCCGCGUCGUCCCAAAGGGAAGCGAGAUCUGGCGGCAACGGCGCUACGGUGGCGGCGAGAGCGCGACUCCGAUGACAUUAGCGUUUUCUGGUGGCUCACGCAAAGGGAGUGGGCUUGUGGCGGCGAAGACACAACGAAAGUGCGGCGGAGGCUCGAUGGAAGCGCGGUGCUUGCGCGGCAACGGCGCGAGGGCGCGUUGGCCGUUUUGUUUCGUCUCCUUCCCUCCUGUCUAGGUCGCGGCGCAAGGAGGGAGACCGUGGUGAUUGCAGUGUUUUGGGACUUCUGUUCUGCGUUUUGAUUCGCGUUUCCUGUUAGGGUUGAAUUAGGAUUUUGGUUUGUGAAAUUUUGGCUUCCUUUCUGAAUUCAAAUUUGGGUUGGAAUUCUUAUUCUUCUUUACAGAUCGGCAGCGGGGUUUCGCAUUCAAUUUGGGGCUUUAGGGAUGGUUCUGAUGAUCGUGAUUAGGGGUGGUUUUCCUCCUUUCUGUUUCUUGAAUUUGAUUUCGCGAUUCUGGGUUCGGUGUUGGCUAUUAUUAGAUGCACGGGUGGCGCCAAUGGAAGGCUGGUGGAUCCUGCCAUGGGGUCGUCGGCGGCCGGCGUUCGGCGUUGUCAGCUCCAUUCUGACUGAGGAGUCUUUGGUUUGGGUUGGCCGGCAAUUUUGGGUUGGACUGAAAAAUUUGGGUUGGAUUAACUAAUUGGUCCGUAAGAUCCAAUUAGGAGAGUUAUUCCCUCCACCAUAUCAUCUUCUCCUUAAACCUAUCUGAUUUUUUCUUAAAUUCCAAUCUUUUAUUUUUUA